AUGGUCGAAGCCUAACUAAGCUUAAGAAGAAAUAUACUCGAUAUUCAAACUGAUUAUGAGCAAGGAAACAGAAAAGAACUCUCAGAUUUAUUGAGAGCUUGGAAAGGAAUUAAAGAACUGCCCGUUGAAGACCCCAAAUCCUUCUAUAAUAUUGCAGGUUAUCAUGGGUUGCCUUUUACAGGAAAAAUUGAGCCAGGAAACAGUAAGUGGUGGGGAGGCUAUUGUAAUCAUGGCAAUGUAUUGUUUCCUUCCUGGCAUAGAGCUUAUCUACACAACAUAGAAAAGGCGCUUCAAAGCAUUGAAGGAUGCUAAAAUGUAAGAUUAGCAUUUUUAGACUAAACAAGUGAGGAAACAAAAAGUAGAGGUCUUCCUUGGGUCUUUACAGUGCCAAAAAUAGUACUUGAUGAUGGUACAGAGAUAGAUAAUCCAAUUCUUCAUUAUAAGCUUUAAAAAGAGCUAGCUGAUACUGCCAUUGUAGACGGAUAUGACUACUCUAAGCCUAAAGGAUACACAACAGUAAGAUAUCCACUUUCGGGGUUGUAUGGAACAGAGAAUGAUAUUAUUAAUACUGUAAAACAUAACUCAUAAUUUGACCACAAUUCUUAAGUCACACUGCUAAAUUUAAAUGUUACUAACUGGCUUAAUUCCUAAUAAACAGCAGUAGCUGAAAAGUAUAACUAAUGCCUUCAAAUUCCAAAUUAUACUUUGUUUUCAAAUACUACAUCUGCUGGCUAAUUCAAUCGUGAUCAUCCAGAUCAUCCAGUAAUUGUCCCAUUAGAAAACCCUCACAACUGGAUGCAUUUAUGCAUUGGAGGAUUUACAAGCUAAGAUGGUAAUGUAAGAGACCCUAUUGCAUACACAGUAGGAUCAAAUGGUGAUAUGGGAGAGAAUGAAACUGCUGCAUUCGACCCUAUAUUCUUCUUCCAUCAUUGCUGGAUUGAUUUAGUCUUUUGGAAGUGGUAAUAGCUCCAUGAUGCAACUACACAUUUUGAUGUUGAAAAAGGUUAUCCAGGAACAAAUACCAGCGACACAGGUGUCUAAGUUAACGCUGACCAAAAUGAAGAUGAGGAACUUAACAUUGACUCUCCAUUGCAUCCUUUUAUUAACGAAGCUACAGGCGCUUUAUAUACUACUAGAGAUGUGACAAACAUUGAAAACUUGGGUUAUUAAUAUGGUCCAAAUUCUCUCGACUUGGUGCAACUCCCAGCUGAUGAUCAAAAGGCCGAAUCCUUAAAAGGAACUGUUGUCGCUAAAAAGAGACUAGAAGUGAAAGGGAUCAAUAGAGCUUAUAUCUAAGGUUCCUUCAUAGUAGCCUAAUAUGAAAUCAUUGACGGGGAAAGGCAAUUCAUAGGGGCUGAACCAAUUCUGAGCAGAUGGAAUGUUUUAAGCUGCUCAAAUUGCCAUUAUCAUCUUGAUGUUAAAGCAUACUUUGAUGUUGAUACCAUCGAGGGUGUUCCUUCAAAUAAGAGAAUUUUCUAAACUCAGUGUGUUACAAGAUAAGGAAUCCAGAAUCUUCCUUCUGUAUUUAGAACUGAGUCAUAUUCAUAUGAAGACUACAGUUGCGAGAUCUUAAAUUGA